CAGAGCUUCCAGGAUGACGUCAUUGACUGUGCAACUUAUCUUGCUGUGUCUGCUUUGGCACAAGACUACGGCGACCAUCCAGACGGCGGCGGCUGCAGGAGAUAUAGCUCAAGUGCAGGCUUUCCUGGACGGUGGGACCGACGUCGAUGAUCUAUCUAAUGGAGACACGGCGCUGACGGAGGCGGUGCAGAACGACCAGUACGCGAUGGUCGAGUUCCUGCUCAAUGCCACCGCAGACAUCGACAAAUCGAGAGUCAACGGCCGAACUCCACUUAUGUUGGCUGCCACCAACGGCUUUUACGACAUUCUCGUUCUCUUGGUGAACGAAGGAGCCUCUCUGGACCUGGAAGCUGGUGGUAAGCACGUGUCAGUUACUUAG